GCUGAUGCGGGUGGUUUGUGCGCAGGUCAGAGCCGUUAUAAUAGAAGCUCUUUUGUUGGAGCUCUCUGGCCCGGAUCGGUUUCAUCUAAUUGUGGGUCCCUCUGUAAUCGAGCACACCGUCAAUUUCGGUUUCUUCUCGUAAACUUUUCUUCAAGCGCUUCAACAGAAGAGGCUGCGUCUGAUUUCAGCCGCGUUUCGCAAUCCGUCUUUAAUUCCGCACGCAGAUUUCACGCUGAACACAUUCUUCUGAUUGGGCAUCCGUUAUGCGAGUCUGCGGUCAACAAAGGGCCGUCCGUAAAGAAAGAGCCUUUGACCAGUGAAACCCGAGAGCCUGAAGCUCACUGCAGCUUCGCAUCUGACCGCGGCGUGAGGAGGAACGACUAGAAGCGUGGAGACGCGGUGAGGAGCGCGCGCGUGUUUCUCAGGAUUCUUGGCACCGUCGCUUUUCCAGGAGCUCGCAGAUGAACGAAACUCGAUCCGUGAUAAUCUGCUGCGCUUUGUAGGAGGUAUAUAGCGGCGAUGUCCGCGGCUCCCUGACGGCGUUCAUCCGGAGCCGCUGCUGCUGAUCGACGGCACCAUGGUGGAGCACAGCGGCCUGGACAUCAUGUGUCUGAACAAGUACAGCCCCGCUUCCUCCUCCUCAUCAUCCUCGAACGCGGAGAAGAAACUUUUCUCCAAGCUCAAGGUGAGUCUGACCAAGAAGUACCCGCAGAAGAACGCGGAGACGCUGAGCGCGCAGUACGGAACCAACCUGCUGCUGAUCGGUGUGUCGGUGAUGCUCGCGCUGGCGCAGCACGGUCCCGCGGUGAAGAAGGAGCACCUGCUGGCCUUCAUCACGGCGCUGAUGCUGGUGCAGCUCGUGUGGAUGCUCUGCUACAUGAUCCGGAGGGCGCGGGAGCGCAGCGCGGCGCCGGAGAGGGACGCGCACGCCGGCACCAGCUGGAUCCGAGGAGGGCUGACGAUGCUGGCGUUGCUGUCGCUCAUCAUGGACGCGUUCCGCAUCGGCUACUUCGUCGGAUAUCAUUCCUGCGUCUCCGCCGUGCUCGGAGUCUAUCCCAUCGUGCACGCGCUGCACACCAUAUCUCAGGUGCAUUUCCUCUGGUUCCACAUCAAAGAUGUCAUCAAGAAAUAUGAAACGUUUGAAAGAUGUGAAAAGGCUCCAUUCGACAUCCUUAUUUCUCAGUCAUUUGGAGAGCGUUCCCAUUUGGAAGCGGAGCCGCACUGUAACUGCACCACCAGCGUCUGCUCCAUGUUCUCCACCAGCCUCUACUACCUGUACCCCUUCAACAUCGAGUACCACAUCUUCGUCUCGGCCAUGCUGUUCGUCAUGUGGAAGAACAUCGGCCGGACGCUGGACCUCCACAGCAACCACAAGCGUCCCAGCACGAGGAGCCCGUGUCUGCUGCUCGGCCCGCUGCUGGGUCUGCUGGCGCUGGCCAGCUCCGUCACGGUCCUGGUGGUCUACCUCAUCCACGUGGAGAAGUCUCCUCAGGCCGCCGUCUCCAUGUUCUACUGCUACGGUGUGGUGAUGCUGAGCUGCAUGUGUGUCGCGAGCGGAGCCGGGCUGCUGGUGUACCGCGUGGAGGACUGGCCAAUGGACAUGGGUUCGAACCCGUCACGCACGCUGGAUACGGAGCUGCUGCUGGGCUCGUCGCUGGGCUCCUGGCUGAUGUCGUGGUGCAGCGUGGUGGCGGUGGCGGCGGCGGGACGCAGUUCUCCGAGCUUCCGCUGGACCUGCCUGGCGUACUCGCUGCUGCUGGUGCUGGAGAAGUGUGUGCAGAACCUGUUCAUUGUGGAGUCGCUGUACCGCCGCCACAGGGAUCCGGACGACGCGCCUGUGCCUGAGAUCUUCUCCGUCACACCGGCGCCCAUGGUCCCGCCGUACGACGGCAUCGUGAACCGCGCCUACGAGGCGCAGGACAAGCUCUGCACGACUCUGGAGGGAGAGACGCCCAAGAACAGACUCAACGUGACACCUGGGAGGAAGAGGCAGAUCCUGAAGAACAUCACCAUCUUCCUCUUCAUGUGCAACAUCUCGCUAUGGAUUCUCCCGGCCUUCGGCUGCCGUCCGCAGUAUGACAGCGGUCUGGAGCAGGAGACCUUCGGAUACAGCGUCUGGACCACGGUGCUGAACCUGGCCAUUCCCAUGAACCUCUUCUAUCGCAUGCACUCGGUGGCGUCGCUCUUCGAGGUCUUCCGGAAGGUUUGAGGACGACUGGGACUUUAUCUGGUGCUCACAAACACUGACAGACACACAAACACUGGUCUGAGGAAGCUCAUGCGUUCAGAACGACUGGGAUCGGAUCCAGUUCUCAUGGACUUGAUUGGCUCUAGAAGCCUGAAGAUUCUUCACACACUCCUCAAUGUUUACACACACACACACACACACACACACACUCACACACACACUCACA